AUGACACCCAACUCUCGACCUGUAACAUCAAAACCUCGAGGCGUCUGUAAAUAUUAUCUGACCCCACGAGGGUGCUGGGCAGACAAAAAAUGCAAAUACCUUCAUGGCGAAUCCGCGACCCACACUCCUUAUGACCUUAGUAAACCUUGUCGCUUCUUUGCACUCGGGUUUUGUAAACGCGGCGACAAAUGCUGGUUCUCACACGACAGCGAGUCUGCGGCAGAAGAAGACAACGAUCUGUGCUCUGUUUGUCUCGAGAAAGCAACCACUUACGGUCUUCUCACUGGGUGCAAUCACGUAUUCUGCAUUACUUGUAUCAAGCAAUGGCGCAGCACAUCCAACCCAGAUGUCGUUGAGUCAGGAAAUACGAAACGCUGUCCGAUGUGUCGAACCGCCUCGAAAUUCAUUAUCCCAUCAUCCAAGUUUUAUCCUCAGGGCCCCGAGAAGGACAAGGCGAUCGAGCGCUACAAGACUAGCAUGAAGCGCAUUCCUUGUCGGCACUUUCAACAAUCGCUCACUAAUAGGACCACCGGUUUUUGUAAAUAUGGCAGAGAUUGUUUCUACCUCCAUCGUAAUCCUGAUGGCUCUGAACAUGUCUCGAGUCACGGAAUUGAGAGUUUUCGAAUCGGGUCAGUCCUCAGCGACAGACUAUCGGCUCGGAGCGAAAUCAUUCGAAGCUUGGAAACUGUUCUUGCCGAAACAGCUCGACUAGGUCUCACCGCACCGUUCCAGGAAGGGGAUGCAGAUGACGGCGCUGCAGUUAUGCACCGUUUGGAAUUGCUGGCUGACCACAUGCUCUCUCUUGCCGUCCAUGAUCCCAUCCCCACCGAAGAAGGUCUAGCUGACGAUGACGCAUAUAUACCAGCGCAGUCUGAAGAAGACAUACCCAUGCUUGCCUCUGUUUCAAACAGCACUGCUAGUAUUGAAGGGUCAGAUGCCGAGGAUGAUGGUCUACCGACGCUGGAACCACUCGGAGAAGCACGAGUUCCACCACCAUUCUUAACAGACGGCCGAGGGCGUGUUGUUUGGAGCACUAAUAAUGAAACGGUAGUUGAUGAAGGAAACAACAGCGGCAUAGAUGAAGAUGAAGCUCCACAGGCAACGAGAUCAGAUGCCGAGGAUGAUGGUCUACCGACGCUGGAACCACUCGGAGAAGCACGAGUUCCACCACCAUUCUUAACAGACGGCCGAGGGCGUGUUGUUUGGAGCACUAAUAAUGAAACGGUAGUUGAUGAAGGAAACAACAGCGGCAUAGAUGAAGAUGAAGCUCCACAGGCAACGAGAUCUUUCUUGGGAAGGAUGUUCAAUGCAUUAUUCUGA